ACAGAUCAGGGUAUUAACAGGAACGGACGGUCAAAUAUUGCAUUGACAUCAGUAAGUGGAUGAAAUAGUUCGAAGAAACAGCAUUUCAGCAAUGAGGUUAUGUCCAUAUAAACACGGGCUUGCCUGCAGCCAUGAACCUCAGAUUCGAAUCCCAAGAUAACUGAACAACCUUACAAAGUCAAGUCAGCAAAUGUCUAAACUUCUCAACGCUGUCACUCUGCUCGGUGCAGGCACUCAAGGAUCGCGCCUUGCUUUCAUGUGGUCUCGCCAAGGGAGACCAGUCUACCUUGUCGACAAAAGCCCUGCCCAGCUAAAUCAAUCAUUAGCUACCAUACAACGGCUAAGAGCCUCCGAACCAGCUGGGAAGGCUGGCAAAAUAACCAGUCUCACUGUUGACGAUCUGGACCCAGCGCUCCGCGACUCCUGGCUCGCUAUUGAGUGUGUCCCAGAGGACCUGGAAUACAAGCGGUCCGUGAUGCUGGACCUCGAUAGUAGAUCGCACUCCCAGACAAUCAUCGCGUCAAACUCGAGCAGUUACUCCAUCUCGGACAUUUGUCAUGGACUAUCUCUCAAAGCAGAUGAUCGUUUUGUCAACCUGCAUUCCUUCUGGCCACCCGAGACAACAGCGAUCGAAAUCAUGGGCUCCAGCCAAACCCGACCCGACAUCAUCCCUCUACUUAUGCAGGAAACCCAUGACCAUGGCUUCCAACCCUUCCACGUCCGCAAGUCCUCCACAGGCUACACCUUCAACCGCAUAUGGGCCGCCAUCAAGCGAGAGACCCUCCUGGUCUUAGAAGAGGGCAUUGCGACGCCCGAGGAGGUUGACCAAAUCUACAAGUGUGUGCUUAACACGCCCCGAGGGCCCUGUGAGCUGAUGGACAUUGCUGGAUUGGAUGUGAUUCUCGCCGUCGAAGAACAUUACGCCAAAGUGAGGAUGGGGAUCCCUAAUGCGCCGCGCAAAUACCUACGAGAGAUGAUCGGACGGGGUGACCUGGGUGUCAAAUCCGGCAAUGGCUUCUUCAAAUAUAGUACUUAAAUUAGGAGAGCCACUACUGUUUAGUAACACUAUAGGAUGUGUGCCAGUUUGUAUCAAUGGGCAUGUCUUUUCUGUAUACAUUACAUCAUGCUACUUAUUAUAUCAUUCUUAGCUCUAGAACAUAC